AUGAAUUUUCAAUUCUGGAAAAUAAUCGAAGAUAAACUCUACAAGUUUGGAAUGGGUGCAAAUACGAAUGUCGAAUACUCUGAUUUUAGAAGAUUAAUGAAUGAAUGGAAUCAACCUUACAAUCGUGAAACUGAUUUGAUUGAGUUUGGAUCAGAAAAACAGCUGUUUACAGAAAAAUCUAAAUGCACGAACUUGGAUUUUGACGUCCUGCCUUAUCCUACAGGAAAACUCAUAAUCGCGGCAUUGACACCAUUGAUUCUUUGCAAAGGAAUCAUGGACGGGGAGAUUGAUCACUCAGCUGGGUAUGGUUGUGGAAAAAGAGACAAGUGUUUCGAAGAUGAAAAACACUUCAGGAAAAGAGAUCAAAAAGCCAAAGGCAUCUCCGAUAGCGUUUAUGUUAGUAUGAAAGAACAGGCUCGAGUCGAUUAG